GGUUGAGGAGAAAUAGAGAAAUUUAAAAGCAGGGAGAAGAGAGAGCGAGGAUGCGGCGAGCCAAUUGUGGCAGCGCGCUCCGUGAUUGGCGCAGAGCGACGCUCCACCCCGUCCUGGCUUGAUAUGGGAAUUUACUGGCGCCAGCCGCAUCAGUCUGCGCCACAUCUCAUUAAUGAGCCCGAGCUCUGCACGGAUCAAGAGGUUUAGCACAUCCAGCCUGAGUUUUGUGCGUGUAUGUGUGUGUGUAAAAGAGAGAGAGAGAGAGAUAGAGAGAGUGUGUGUGUGUGUGUCCCGUCAGCUGAUCGGAACCGCAACAGGUCAUCGCUGUAGGAGAAGGAGGAACGCAGCGCUAUUUAAGGAUUCUAUUUCUAAAGCCGACAAACAGCUGGGAACUAUACACUGGAAAGAGGAGAGCGAACUGACCGAUCAGGAGCCGGAAUCGGAGGGGUGGGGGGGUAGAAAAGAGAGAGCCGAGCCAUGGAGGUCGCAGCGGCGGAUCAGUCGCGGUGGAUGGCGCACCAUCAUGCGGUACUGAACGGCCAGCACCCGGAUUCCCAUCACCACAGUCUGAGCCACAACUACAUGGAACCGAUGGCGCCUUUGCUGCCCCAGGACGAGGUUGACAUGUUUCUGAACCACUUGGACUCCCAAGGGAAUCCUUACUACACCAACUCCCGGGCGAGGGUGACGUACAGCCAGGCACACGCUCGCCUCACUGGAAACCAGGUUUGCCGGCCACACCUCAUCCACAGCCCCGGCAUCCCCUGGCUGGACCCCGGGAAAGCCGCCCUGUCCGCCGCGCACCACCACAACGCAUGGGCGGUCAGCCACUUUAGCAAACCCGGCCUCCACCCCGCCAGCUCCGGAUACCCGUGCAGCAGCAGCGCCGGCACGGCCUCCGUGUCCUCGCUCACCCCCGCGUCCCACUCCAGCCCGCACCUCUACAGCUUCCCCCCGACCCCUCCGAAAGACGUCUCCCCGGACCCGGGCCCCACCUCCCCGACCUCCACCAGGAUGGACGAGAAGGACUCGAUCAAGUACCAGGUGCCGCUGACGGACGGCAUGAAGAUGGAGAGCUGCAGCCCACUCCGCGGCGGCCUGGCCUCCAUGAACGGCCAGGCCGCGGCCACUCAUCACCCCAUUCCGACCUACCCGGCCUACUCGCUCCCCACGCCCCACGAAUACAGUGGCAGCCUCUUCCACCCGGGCAGCCUGCUCGGCGGCUCUUCCUCCAGCUUUACGCCCAAAUGCAAAAGCAAAGCCAGGUCGAGCUCAGAACUAUAUGCAGAGGGGCGAGAGUGCGUGAACUGCGGCGCCACGUCCACCCCUCUGUGGCGGCGGGACGGCACCGGCCACUACCUGUGCAACGCCUGUGGACUGUACCACAAGAUGAACGGCCAGAAUCGACCGCUCAUCAAGCCCAAGCGGAGACUGUCUGCUGCGAGACGUGCAGGCACCUGCUGUGCGAACUGCCAGACCACCACCACCACCCUGUGGAGGCGCAACGGGAACGGAGACCCGGUGUGUAAUGCCUGCGGCCUCUACUUCAAACUACACAAUGUCAACAGACCCUUGACCAUGAAGAAGGAAGGCAUCCAGACGCGCAACCGCAAGAUGUCCAGCAAGUCCAAGAGGAACAAGCGGGCGGGGGACGGCUUUGACGAGCUCUCCAAGUGCAUGCAGGACAAGGCCUCGCCCUUUGGAGCCGCGCCGGGCCUCACCAGCCACAUGACCCACAUGGGUCACCUUCCGCCCUUCAGCCACUCGGGACACAUGCUGCCCACCCCCACGCCCAUUCACCCGUCAUUCGGUCACCCGCACCACUCCAAUCGGUCGCCUGUCUGGGCCGAGCCUCACUGAGGUCGUCCCUCUCCGCCCCGAGGGACGCAGGACCCACCGCAUCUCCACAGACACUAAACAGCGGUUGAUCGGAGUGCAGUGGCUUUCAGUUGGACUGAAUGACCGAGGGCCUCGUCAGGCCAUGGCCUCGCCGAGAGGGGGUGGCCAUCGCGAACUUUUGCGGACUCUGUGAAGAGCUAAUGCGACGAGGGGGUUUGUCCGUUCCACCCACCUCCUCUGUCCCCCGAGGCGAGGGGGGCUGACAGGAGAGGAGUGAAUGGAGAAGCUUGUCAUUCUUUUUUGUUUUGCUUAUUUUUACUAAGUCACUUUGGUACCCACCUCUCCCUGACCCUGUAACAGGAGACUCCAGAGAGGGCCUGAAAACCGCUGUUUCUCACCUCAUGCUCAUACCGUCAUACUUCGAGAUACGUGCACCUCGUCCAUCCCUGCGCUGUUGUUCAGAACUGCCGCCAUAACACACACACGCGCGCACACACACACACACACACACACACACGCACACACACAGAGACGGACUCCUGGGUGCUGGAAGCCGUCCUACAGGCAGAACUGCUGAAAGGCAACAACCAACCAGUGCUCUCUUCACAUGCUGGAUUGUGCACCACAGUGCUCACCUGUUUUUCAUAACUGUUUUAUGGGAAAAAGAAAAAAGAAGAAAAAAAACCACACCCCAACACAGUAAAUAGAGUGUUUAUAAAUGCUUAAUUGCUAUUAUUGUUGUUAUAUUUGAUGUUAUAAUUAUUGCUACGAUAAUUUAUUUUCACUCUUUAAACUUUCACCGGACACACAUGGAAACGUAUGAUUUUAAUUACAUGGUUAUUACGUAAAGAAAAACACUGACCUGUCUUGGGCGAAUAGAAGUCCCUGAGCUGUACGUUUUUAUCAUUUUUUUCCAUCUCACAAAGAAGAGAAAAUAAAGUUUAAUACUGAAGUAA